AUGUCCGAAAUCAAGGAGUUCAGCUUUCAGGAUGUUGCCGAGCACAACACCAAGAAGGACUGCUUCCUGGUAGUCCACGAUAAGGUCUACGACUGCUCCAAGUUCAUUGACGAGCACCCUGGUGGUGAGGAGGUUAUUCUUGAUGUCGCUGGUCAGGACGCCUCCGAGGCUUUCGAGGACGUCGGCCACUCCGACGAGGCUCGCGAGAGCCUCGACGAGCUCCUCGUCGGCACCCUGAAGCGCCAGCCCGGCGACCCUGCCCCCAAGGCCGCGCCUACCGCCAAGGCUGCCAACUCUGGCAGCGCCGACAGCACCGGCCUCGGCAUUGGCCUCUACGGCAUUGUUCUCAUCGGUGGCAUUAUCGGAUACGUUGGCUACCAGUACCUCCAGAACCAACAACAACAACAGCAGUCUGCUUAA